AUGGCCACACGAGGAGGAAGGGGCCGAGGACUCGGUCUCCGAAUCGGCGUGCCAUCUCGGACCGCCAACGCGGCUCGACCCCAGCCUCUGCCUCUCCCCGUUCCGCAAGCCCUCCCCAUGCCUCCAGCCGGCGCAGCCGCCGCAGCAGCAGCCGCCGCGAAAGGCGCACCCACCAGCGUCCAACCCCUCCCCGUCGCCGCAAUUAACGGCGGAGCAGGCAGCGGAGCAGGCGGCGCAUCGGGAACUGGUUCUGGUGCUGCUGGUGGAACCGCGUUGGGCGUCGCGGGAGCGGGAAACGCUGUGAAAGCGCCGAUGAUGGUGUUCACGCCGCGGGAAGAUGUGGCUCUGGAAGAUCUGGAGAGGAUUUUGCCGCCGUUAGGGUUUGGAAGCGGGGGUCGCGUGUACCGCGUUCGGCAUAAGAAAACCGGCAAGGAAUACGCGCUGAAGGUGAUUCAGGAGAAGUACGACGAGGAGGUGCGGAAGCAGAUCAUCCAGGAGAUGCAGAUCCUACGGCGCGCACGAUCCGACCAUGUGAGCAGAUCAUUCAUUGGGGCAUGGGGAGGGGAGGGUGGCGUGGGAGGAGGAGGGGAGGUGAUGGCUAUUUCUUGA